CUCAGUCACCAUUCACUUUCAUUGUAUGGGGUGGGGGGGGGGAGCAGUGAUAAAUGUGACUGAUGCUAAAAUUCUAUUCAAAUAAUGUGGGUUUGGCAUAACAUGAGGGUGAGUAAAUGAUGGAAUAUUCAUUUUUGGGUCAUAUUUUUGUUCUUAGUUGUGGUUAUUAUACUGUACAUUUAGUGAUCUGAAUGACAGAGACUCUCUCUAACACACCGCUUGAUUCUUCAUCACUUUAACUGAACGAACAAAAGAAAAAAGAACGGUACACUUUGAUUAACAAAUGACCUCCACAGCCCUUGCUCUGUCUGGAUGCGGUCAGGCCAUGCAUCUUUGUAAUGAUUGCAGCGUUUGACUUUAUUUGCAUUAUUGCAAUCAGCUCAACUGUCCUCUUGUGUUACAUAUUAAGCAAUGCUUUGCAUAUUUUAUUGGCUGCACUUUCCCUUUUGUUCCAUCUGUGGUUUGGCUUUUAUCAAGAUUUCUUUUUUUUUUCAGCAUGUCUCAAAAGUAAGUUUAGUUAAGUUUAUUUCUUUCCACUUUAUUUUAGUGCAUAUAAAUCACGUUGGUUCUCUCUUUACAGAUUUCACUGAUCAAAGAACAUCCAUUUAUGGAAUAUAGAAAUAAUGAGUGUAUUUACAUGCACACCAAUAUGCUGAUAACUACCAAAAAUCCGGUUAUAAGAAAAUCCGGCAAUGCAAAAAAAUAAAAAAAUAAUAAUAAAAAAAUGUCCCCAGAUAAAAAAGGAAAACCAUUUGUGGUGUUUACAUGACCUUAGACAUUGCCGACUUAUUAAGCAUAACCGGUGUAAAAUUGUGCAUGUAAAUGCGCUCUUUAUUUAAUUUUUUUUUUAAAUAUUCACCAACUAAUCUGGUAUAUUGGUAGCUGACAUGACAUUUCAAGCAUGGACUGUAAAGUGUCCUGCACUGUGCUUUAAUCUAAAACGUUUUAGCAUAUUUCUAAUUAUUGUUUACUUAAUACAUGCAGUAUUUAUGACAUGAUAUUAAUUAAGAGACUACAUGGAAUAUUUGUACAUUUGUUACACCGCAGGACUAUUUAAGUGAAUAUAAAGGAAUAUCCUGUGUUAAAUAAAAGUUAAGCUCCAUCGACAGCAUUUGUGGCAUAAUUUUGAUUACCACAAAAAUGUAUUUUGACUUGCCCCCCUGUAUUCUGGGUUCCAGUGAGGCACUUACAAUGGAAGUGAAUGGGGCCAAUCCUUAAACGUUAAAAUAGUCACUGUUUCAAGUAUAGCCGCAAGACAUAAACUAUAUGUGUGGUAACAUGAUUUUAGUGUGAUAAAAUCGCUAACUAACCUUUUCUGUGUAAAGUUAUAGCCAGUUUUACAACUUCAUUGCCAUGACGAUGUAAUGUCAGUAAACCCUAAAACAAUGUUACAGCUCCAAUAAUACAUGAGUUUUAACAGAAGAAUUAAUGUAAGUACUUUUAUAAAAUUAAAGGAUUUACAAUUCUGACUUUAAACACUCCAAAAUUUGGCCCCAUUCACUUCCAUUGUAAGUGCCUCACUGUAAUCUUGAUUUUUCUUUUUAUUUUAUUUCUUUGUUAAGAAAAGGAAGGACGGUCUAAAUUAUUUUUCGUGGUAAUCAACAUUAUGCCACAAAUGCUGUGGAUUGAGCUUAACUUGCAUUAAACCUGAAAUAUGCCUUUAAAGGCAUAGUUUACCCAAAAAUGAAAAAUGUACUCACACUCAUGUUGUUCCCACCCCGUAUGACUUUCUUUUCCAUGGGAAAAGGGGACAGUCAGAAUGUGUGGUCUCAGUCACCAUUCACUUUCAUUGCAUCUUUUUCCCAUACAAUGAAAGUGAAUGGUGACUGAGCCUGUCAGUCCUAAACAUUCUGCUUAAAAUCUCCUUUUGUGUUCCACCGAAAACAGAAAGUCAUAUGAGUUUGGAACAGCAUGAGGGUGAGUGAAUGAUGACUGGAUUUGCAUUUUUGGCUGAACUAUGCCUUUAAAAUGCACUUCCAUAAUCAUAGAAACUGUGUGGGUCAGGUUUUGCCUACAUUGUGAUUACCAGAUGUUGUGUGUGGGUGUUUUAGGAGAGGUAAGACCUUUAAAAUGCUCUUUGUUGGCUUUGCAUAUUAUAUCUGAAAUGCAGACUUUUGUUAGAUUUUCAAAUGUGGUUUAUUUCCAGUGUAAUUUUUACAUACGAGGCACCAUAUUUCAUAAAGCUGACCUGUUUCUGGCUCCACCCACCACCCCACAUGUGUAACCUCAAUCACCCUCAAUACAAGAGCACAGAAACCUUCAAAGUUCUGACCCAUCAGCAGCGCUGCACCUUACACUCCCCUACAUCACACACACCUUUCGUGCUCACAAUCAACAGAUAAUCUCAGGGUUCCUCAGACAUGGAGACCUCCAUGGAGCAGUCUCAGAGGGUAUCAUCCUCGAUGUCAUCAGAGGUGAUGCCCACCUACCCGUCUGACUCCAGUUAUCUGGUUCACACCGAGGAGGGCUCAUCGUUCCCCUGCCCUGAGACUGAUCACAGCAGUUUCUCAUCUGUGUUCAACAGCUCUGUCCACAGCUGCAGCUCUGGAGCGUUUCAACAUAACCAAGUAUAUCCCGUUUACUCCUCUCCAUUCCUCGGCAACUUGUCCUGGUUCGAAGGUUCAAGCGGUUCCUCUCUACCCUGCCUCUUCCCAUCCUCUCCAUCAUCCUGGCACAGUAGCGCCUUUUCAAAGACGUCCUCCUCAUUUUUCCACUCCUCCGCUCCCCUCUCCUCCACCAAACCGCCUCAUUCUGCUCUUCCCUCUCCUAUCCUGGACCACAAAGAGAUUCUCAGUCUCCAAGAGAGCAUGAAAGGAGAGAGGUUGAGCCCUUCCGGAGGUGGGGAGGCAUUCGGUGGAGUGUAUCCGCUUAACCCUUCAGUAAGCGAUGUGUAUGUUCAUACACACUCUUCAAAAGCACACACACUGCCACAUUCACAGUCAAUGAGCCACUGCGGUCCAUAUGGGAGCUUGACGCAGGAUUACAACAGUGCAGUUUUCUACACACCCACGUCCUUCUCUCCAACAUUACGCAGCAAGAUGAGAUACUCCCCUACAGAGGCACGAGAGUGUGUGAACUGUGGAGCCACUGCCACCCCUCUGUGGCGGCGCGAUGGAACAGGCCACUACCUCUGUAAUGCCUGUGGACUGUACCACAAGAUGAAUGGACAGAACAGGCCUCUUAUCAGACCCAAGAAAAGACUGGUUGUCAGUAAGCGAACAGGAACACAGUGCGCAAACUGCCAGACUAGCACCACCACGCUGUGGAGACGCAACGCCAGCGGAGAGCCCGUGUGUAACGCCUGCGGUCUCUAUUUCAAACUGCACAAUGUGAACAGGCCGCUGUCUAUGAAGAAAGAGGGUAUACAGACGCGCAACCGUAAAGUGUCAUGCAAAAACAGGAAAGGAAAGAAACUUAAUGCUGCAGAGGAGAAUCUGUAUUGUGAUUUUUCUAAGUGCCAUGUCUCUGAUCAACAUUUCGAGUCAUAUUCUCUGAGCCCGGGACAUCUGGGGGUCUACAGCCACUCUUCCCAUUCACUACCCCUCAGUACUGCCUACCACGGCCAUGGCUCCAUGCCCUAUAUACCAUCCACCGGCUGCUAUCUUACCCAGCAUGGUGUGAGAAACUGGACAGAAGGCUGUAAGGAGUGUAUGGAAAGCUGGAAAAACUUUGACCAAACUUCUGCAUGAUUUUGUUAUGCAGAAACAAUAGACUCACAUUAACCUAGUCAUCAGUGAAAACACUCAGUGUAAACAUAUAUGUAAACUUUACUCUAUGUAAUUUUUUAUUUUUAUUUUUGUCAUAUUUUCUAGAAUUCAUGGAAAUUCACACCACAGUGUUGUUUUGAGCUCAUCUCAAAUUCUGUAUUGUGUUUAAUAGAACUCAGUGGUGAAAAUGACCAUGAUGGAAAUAGCAUUUUUACAUUUUUACGUUAGCUAAUUUCAUAUCUAACAUUUUAUGUAUUCUGAAUUCACACAAUUACAGUUUGAUUGGAAAUGACGGCCAAUAACAUUAUACUGCACACAUGUGAUAUGUACCUAGAUUUUUCUUUGUCUCAUAUUUCAUUUCAAGCAUGCUCUACCCUGACAUUUUUGUCGACUUGGUUAACAAGUAAACUAACUUUUGAAAAACUAUAUUAGGGGCAAAAUUUUGUGCAGUGGAAAUGAUUCAACAAAGUUGGAACAGUCAUAAAUUUUAAAAUAUUUAAUUUUCACACAAUAAAUAUUAAAAUGGUUUGUACACUCAAAAAAAAAAAAAAUGUUUGGGAUGAAAUUGAUUUAAUCAUGUAUAGUGGUUCCACAUAUUUGAAAUGAG